UCAGCUGAUAAAGCGGUCACGCGGUGAGGUGCUCAGUCAUCCUCCUCGCGGAGGGUACAAGUACGAACAGAGCGUGGGGGGGUUGCUUGCAGUAAACCCUGAUCCAGCGCGAUCGCUGCUAAAAUGGGGCCUCGCGAAUUAAUAUUGCUCGCCUCUCUGGUGGCUGCUUGUUCGUCGCUGAUCAGAAUCCCUCUGAAGAAAUUCCCUUCCAUGCGUAGCAUCUACAAUGAGUAUGGGACCAAUAUCCAAGAUUUGAUUGAGUUGGGACAAGUGCUGAAAUAUAAAUUUGGGGGUCCUGGUGCAGAAACACCUACCCCAGAGGCUCUGAAGAAUUACAUGGAUGCGCAGUAUUAUGGGGAGAUAGGCAUUGGGACUCCACCACAGAAGUUUACAGUAGUCUUUGAUACCGGGUCAUCAAACCUCUGGGUGCCAUCUGUUCACUGUCACUUGCUGGAUAUUGCUUGUUUGUUGCAUCACAAGUAUGAUUCUUCAAAAUCCAGCACAUAUGUGAAAAAUGGUACAGAUUUCGCCAUCCAUUAUGGUACUGGAAGCCUUUCAGGAUAUCUCAGCCAAGAUACUGUAACGAUUGGUGACCUGUGUGUCAAGAAUCAGAUGUUUGGUGAAGCUACCAAGCAGCCUGGCAUCACUUUUAUUGCUGCAAAGUUUGAUGGCAUUCUUGGCAUGGCGUUCCCCAAGAUUUCUGUGGAUAAAGUAGCACCUUUCUUUGAUAAUGUAAUGGACCAGAAAUUGUUGGAGAAGAACAUAUUUUCCUUUUAUCUAAACAGGAAUCCAAAAGCAGAAACUGGAGGGGAAUUGCUUUUUGGAGGGACAGAUUCCCAAUAUUAUACUGGAGACUUCAGUUGGGUGAAUGUAACUCGUAAAGCUUAUUGGCAGGUCCAUAUGGAUAAGGUUGAUGUUGGCAAUGGCUUGACUGUGUGCCAGGAUGGCUGUGAAGCUAUUGUAGACACAGGAACCUCACUUAUUACAGGACCAACUGAGGAAAUUAAAGAGUUGCAGAAAGCCAUUGGAGCUAAGCCAAUCAUUAAAGGACAGUACAUGCUCCCAUGUGAUAAGCUGUCUGAGCUUCCCACUGUAUCUCUAGUGCUGGGAGGGCAGUCUUAUAAUCUUACUCCAGAUCAGUAUGCCUUAAAAGUUACUGUUCAAGGAGAAACUCUUUGUCUGAGUGGAUUUUCAGGCUUGGAUGUCCCACCACCUGGUGGGCCUCUUUGGAUUCUUGGUGAUGUUUUCAUUGGGCCAUAUUACACAGUAUUUGAUCGAGAUAAUGACUCUGUUGGUUUUGCAAAGUGUAGCGGCAAAGUGUAAAAGUAAUUAAUCACUGCCUUCCACAGUCUCAAUACAAAUGCACCCCCAAGCACAUUGUGCUUUUAUAUUGUGACUGAUUGUAUUCAGAACAAAAUCAAGAAAAUAAAAAUGAGAGGAAAUGUACAUCUUAAUUUUUAAAUGAGAAAAGUUACUACUGAUCUUCCAAAACUUACUUGCCAUCAUUCUGAUAGCAUACCAUAUAAAGGCUCUAAUAAAAUUACGAAUUCUGGGGAGUCCUAGUAUUGUAUGUACCCUUCAGAUUUCUGGUUCUUUGAAGCAUGUUCCUUUCAUAUGUUUUCGAGCAUAAGUUGUUUUGUGUAACCAACUUUCUGUUUUCUGCCCACCCUUCCCCAAAUGAUAUAUGCUCUUGGAUAGUUUCCUAGCUAUUCUCCCAUCAUAUAUGUAUAUACGCAUAUAUACCAUAUAUGUAUGUACAUAUGUAUGUAUAUUGCAGUUAAUCAUUGAAAAGUUCUCAGUUGAGAAGGCACCACUAAAAUUGCAUUAGAUCCUCUAUUUGCACUGUUGGAUAUAAAAUAUAUAUACUAGCUAUAUCUCUGUCAUCUUGGAAGUGUGGAAUAUGACAGAGUGGUUCUGACUUGACACAUUUUAUAAAACAUGGCUAUGGUUAGUAGAGAAUACUUGGGAAAUAGCCAUUGUAAUGGGGAAGGUAAAGGUAUCCUUACGUUAAAUGGCCAUUUAGCCUAAGAUUCCCCUACUCAGGUAGUAUGUAGUGUUGUGAAUAUUUUGCUCUUCAGUUUUCCAAACUUUUUGUACUUCCUAGUUUCUUUUUGAGGUAUGAGAACAGAGACCAUAUGGUGACUUUUCCCAAAAAGUACUUCAUGUAAGGAUUUAUGAGACAUUUUGGCUCAAGUUAGUUUUGAAAAAGUUUGUAAUCUGUCUUUCUCAUUAAUAUGACAUCACAAGUUUUACUUAAGAAAGGUCAAGUCUACCAUUGCAUUCUGUUGUGAAGAAGAAAAAUAUUGUAAGCAACUCAGCAAAGCAUGUUCAGCUCUGGGGAAUUUAGUCUGCAGAAUGAAAUUCCAUGAAUAGCUCUAUAUAUCCAAAUUCUUUUUUCAUAGAUUUCUGUAUCAAUUGUUUCAGAAAAGGAGCAGUUUCUGCACUGGGUUUUGCUUUGAGCCUGACAAGUUGUAUGAGCAACUAUUGUAGAGCAAUGAGACUUGAUAGAUUACAGAGCUGGAAUGUUGUUAAUACUAGGUUGUGAAAAAAGAGACUUUAGUUAAUCUGAAAUGUUUCAUAAUACUUGAACCCAAUCAAAAGGCUAUGAGAAACCAUGGACAACAGAACAGGAGAUUAAGAAUAAAGCAGGGUUGUUUCAGGUAAAGCGAAUAGCACUUCACUGAAGAUGCUAUUCUAAAUUAGAUGAGAAAAGGGUAGAAUUCAGGUAGAUAAAAGAAAUCAGGAAUUUGAACAUAUCUUUAUGAAUAUACUGCAUAUCCUGUAGAAGUUUUGUAACUUUUCCCAAAAAGUACUUCACGUAAGGAUUUAUGAGACAUUGGAGCUGAAUAUAUUGGAGCUGAAUAAAUCGGAUACAAAUAAGCAGUUGUGAUAGAAGUGGGUAGAAGGCUCUGCAGAAGAUGAGAGAUGGGGUGCCCAUCAGGAUUUCUUCUAUUUUGUUAACAUCUCAUUAGGUUUGUUAACAAGAAUAUAUCAUUAAAAAUAUAAUGUGUUUAUAAACAUGUGGAAGAUACAGAUAUAUCUUAGAGAAACAAUUCCAAUAUAGCGUGUUCUGAAUAGCUCUAAGCAUAAUCUAGUUUUCUUUAAGCUCUCUAUUGAAUGCCUGCUUAAGAAAUGAUAGACCCAAAGUUGUUAAAUAGGCCUACAUUUCAAACUUAUGAGAUGCUGGAUUUUGUUUAAAAGGCAAGAACUGUAGAAAGAGGGUCUUAAACAUUCGUGCAAGGAUGGGAUUGAAUGAGGCCUCUGUCUUAAAAUACAUCAGACACUGAAACUCAUUAGGGCUGAUUAAUAGGUUCACAGUGUUGCAUAUUGGAGCUGAUGGCAGCAGUUAAUGUUGGAUGUGUAGAAGUCUCUCUAGUGCCAACAGCCAAGUCUUGACCAUAUUGACAUGAUAUUGGACGUUUAAGCCAUUAUGUCAGGUAAGGGAACGCUGUUGUAUAGCAGAGCCCACAUUCUCGAGGAGGAGAAUAAAGUCCACCACAUCUUAUUGGCAGUUGUCUUUGUACAUCUGAAAUGCAGAUUGCACUGCUGGAUUAGUGGUUCACUGCCAUUCCCCUGGUGGCUUGGAGUAUUCUCUUGCUUGUUUUCUCUAAUUUAUGAAAUGCUGUUAUGCUUGCCUGCUCAAAAGAUACAAUCUGUUUCAUAGCUGCUAUCUUCUCAACUAGUAAUUGAAUAAAUUAAAAAUAAACAGUUUUCAUUGCCA